GCCAACCCUCUCUCUCUCUCUCUCUCUCUCUCUCUCUCUCUCUCUCUCUCUGUGAUCUCUUUCGUUAGCUUAACUAAUGGCAGAAGAGAUAGCUCAGGAAAUGGGACUGGUGACCCAGAACCGGCAGCCGGAGCAUGUUGUUCCGGUCGGGCCGAGUGAAAGGGGAGUGUAUCUGACGUGGGAGGAUCUGUGGGUAACCGCAUCCAACGGGAGGAGUGCGUCGAACGUUAUACUCGCCGGCCUGACCGGAUAUGCCCAGCCGGGCGAGGUCACCGCCAUCAUGGGUCCUUCCGGCUGCGGCAAGUCCACCCUUCUCGAUGCAUUAGCAGGGAGAUUGGGGUCCAGCACAAGGCAGUCCGGGCACAUCUUGGUGAAUGGCCGACGACAGAGGCUGUCUUUUGGGACUUCGGCUUAUGUGACGCAAGAUGACAUCCUGAUGACGACGCUGACGGUACGAGAAGCGGUGUACUACUCUGCGGAACUGCAGCUGCCGAAGACGAUGACCAAGUCGGAGAAGAGGGAGAGAGCAGACAUGACCAUCGGAGAGAUGGGGCUGCAGGACGCCAUGGACACGAGAAUCGGCGGCUACUCGUCCAAAGGCAUCAGCGGCGGCCAGAAGAGAAGGGUGAGCAUCUGCGUCGAGAUCCUCACUCGCCCCAAGCUUCUCUUCUUGGACGAGCCCACCAGCGGCCUCGACAGCGCCGCUUCCUACCACGUCAUGCAUCGCAUCGUCAACCUUGCAAGGCACGACGGAAUGACCAUUCUUGCCUCCAUUCAUCAACCCAGCAGCGAAGUCUUUGAGCUCUUCGACAACUUGUGCCUUCUCUCUUCUGGCAGAACCGUUUACUUCGGACCAACUUCCAGAACCAACGAGUUCUUUGCGUCGAAUGGUUUUCCAUGCCCAACCUUCAGAAACCCCUCCGAUCACUACCUUCGAACCAUAAACAAGGACUUCGACAAGGAGUCUAAAGAAGGAUGUAGUGAGAGGUUGAACAACGCCAACAAAGCUAUCGAUGUACUGACGAUGUCAUACAAGCAGUCCGAGACGUGCAAACAUGUG